AUGUAGUAAUUUGAUUAAGAAAUCCUGGUUAGUGAAGUGGUUCAAAUCAGAAAUACUAAAACAGGAAGCUAUUUGACUGCUACAGGAUUUAAUACUUAAGAGAAGGGAUUUUUGUUUAGUAGUACUCCAAACAUAAAUAAUUAUUACGUGGUUGGAAGUGAUGAUCCAAAUAACCAUUAUACACUUUGGACUAUAAUUAAAAUGUUUGAUGAUAUAAAUAGAAUAAAUUAUGGUGAUAUUGUUUUUCUAAAGAAUUUAAGUACUAAAUUGUUUUUGAUAUAUGAAUUUGAGAAAUUUUCAGAAGUUUCUAACUAAGUAAGGGUUUCCUUGCAUGAGAAAAGAUAAGAAAAUUAUCCAUUGAUUUUGCAAUAACAGGGAGAAUAAAUAUUUUAAACAAAGUCAUAUAAUAUAUAGAGUGGUGUACAAUUGAAGAUCUAAACUACAAAAUUAACUCAUUUUUUAUAAGCCUCAAAUAAAAAUUAUACUUCCAAAUAGGUCAAAGAAUAUAAAGAAAUAUCUUGCAGUAAGGAUAGCGAUUAUAAUAAUUGGGAAAUUAUUAAAUUGAAUCCAGAGAAAUAAUAAUUAUUUGAAAUUAAACCAACUUGGUAAUUGAAGAUAAAUAAUCAAGAAAUCUUUGAUAGUGAUAAAAUAAUCAUAAGAAAUUAUAAAAGUGGAUACUCUUUACAUUCUCAUAAAAAUAAAUAUUCUUCUACUGGAAUGCAAGAAAUUACAUGUUUUAGUUAUGAAAGAGAUGGUAAUAUUAUUUAUUAAAAAUGAUAGUUAAUGAUUGGUGGGUGAUAUAAUAAACUUUUUAAAUGGCCUAAAAGUAGAUCCAAGAUUAAAUGCCAAUAAAUUUAGUUCAUUAAGAAACAAUCAAAUUUUUAAGUGUAGAUGAGAUAAAUCUAGCCAAAUCUAAAAAUGGUAAUUAAGUCAGGGGUAUGCCAUCACCUAUAUAAUAAUCAUUUAUUAUUUCAAGUAUAUAUAUAAUUAUCAUUUUAUAGCUAUUGAUAAUUAACAACUCAUUGUGGGUAAACCAUUUUUUUUAUUUUAUUAACCAAUCAAUAAAUAUUUGUGUUAAGGACCAUCAUUAUCAGAAAUGCAAUAAACAUAAUAUGAAGUUAUAAUGACAGAUAAAUUAUCAACUUCAUGUUUAUGGGUUAUUGAAAAAAAAAUUAAAUGA